GCCAACUUCUAGAAUCCUCUUCAUCUCCCCUAAAACCCCUCUUCAUACCCUCGAGGGUUUUUGCGGCCCCCUUUAAUCCAUCACACUCCUUCUUCCGACUAUCGCCUCUCAAUUGAACAGAAUUUCUUUUUAGGGUUUUCAGUGUUAUGGCUCCUGUUUUGAGCAGAAGUUUAACCCCGGCUUCUGUAGCCUCACUCCCUUAUUCUCCACUCUUUUCAUCUAGAAACAACACCCAUAAUCGUCUGUCUUUGAGAAGUGCGUUUUUCCAUCAAAAUGAAUUGAAAAACAGCAGCUUUUCUUGCUCUGGGCUUAAGUGGAAAGUCGACAAAAGAGGUAGUAGUGUCGUGGUGAAGUGCGAGGCUUCGGCCGUUGCUGAAAAAGAAGCCCCUGAGGCUUCCGGCGAGAAGCAUGAAUACCAAGCGGAGGUUUCUCGCUUAAUGAAUCUGAUAGUUCAUAGUUUAUACAGCCACAAAGAAAUUUUCCUCAGGGAGCUUGUGAGUAAUGCAAGUGAUGCUCUUGAUAAGCUGCGAUUCUUAAGUGUAACGGAUCCCUCAUUACUUGGAGAUGCUGGUGAGCUUGAAAUUCGAAUUAAACCUGAUCCAGAAAAAGGGACAAUCACAAUAUCAGACACUGGUAUUGGAAUGACCAAAGAAGAACUAAUAGACUGUCUUGGAACCAUUGCUCAAAGUGGAACUUCAAAGUUCUUGAAUGCUCUCAAGGAAAACAAGGAUCUUGGAAAUGAUAACAGUUUGAUUGGUCAAUUUGGUGUUGGGUUCUAUUCGGCUUUCCUGGUUGCUGAAAAGGUGAUUGUUUCCACCAAGAGUCCAAGGUCAGACAAGCAAUACAUUUGGGAAGCAGCAGCUGAGAGUAGUUCAUAUGUAAUUAGAGAAGAAACUGAUCCUGAAAAACAGAUUCGUAGAGGAACAGAAAUAACACUCUUUUUAAAGGAUGAUGACAAAUAUGAGUUCACUGAGCCAAGUAGAGUUCAGGGUUUGGUGAAAAACUACUCACAGUUUGUUUCUUUCCCGAUUUUCACAUGGCAAGAGAAAUCAAGAACAGUUGAGGUAGAGGAGGAAGAACCAAAAGAAGGUGAAGAAACACCAUCAGAGGGUGAGAAGAAGAAGAAAACAAAAACUGAAAAAUACUGGGAUUGGGAAUUGGCCAAUGAGACAAAACCAAUAUGGAUGAGGAAUCCUAAAGAAAUUGAAAAAGAUCAAUACAGUGAGUUUUACAAGAAGACAUUCAAUGAGUUUCUUGAUCCUCUUGCACACACUCAUUUCACCACAGAGGGUGAAGUGGAGUUUAGAAGUGUGAUUUACAUCCCUGGAAUGGCUCCAAUGAACAAUGAAGAUGUAGUAAAUCCCAAAACAAAAAAUAUUCGUCUUUAUGUGAAACGUGUAUUCAUUUCAGAUGAUUUUGAUGGUGAACUUUUUCCAAGAUACUUGAGCUUUGUAAAGGGUGUGGUGGAUUCAAAUGAUCUUCCACUCAAUGUUUCACGAGAAAUUCUUCAAGAAAGUCGAAUUGUAAGAAUAAUGAGAAAGAGACUUGUUAGGAAGACUUUUGACAUGAUUCAAGAACUUGCAGAUAGUGAAAACAAAGAGGAUUAUAGGAAGUUUUGGGAGAAUUUUGGCAAGUUUGUGAAGUUAGGAUGCAUUGAAGACACUGGAAAUCACAAAAGAAUAACACCAUUGUUGAGAUUUUUCUCAUCUAAAAGUGAAGAGGAAUUAAUAAGUCUAGAUCAGUAUAUUGACAACAUGGAUGAGAAACAAAAUGCAAUAUAUUAUAUUGCAACUGACAGCUUGCAAAGUGCCAGGUCAGCACCUUUCUUGGAGAAAUUAGUGCAGAAGGAUAUUGAGGUGUUGUAUUUAGUGGAGCCUAUUGAUGAGGUGGCAAUUCAGAAUCUUCAGACUUAUAAAGAGAAGAAGUUUGUAGAUGUCAGCAAGGAAGAUCUAGAGCUUGGUGACACAGAUGAGGUUAAAGAAAGAGAAAGUAAGCAAGAGUAUAUCCUUCUUUGUGAUUGGAUGAAGCAACAACUUGGUGAUAAAGUAGCAAAAGUACAAAUCUCAAGUCGUUUGAGCUCUUCCCCUUGUGUCCUUGUCUCUGGAAAAUUUGGCUGGUCUGCUAAUAUGGAAAGGCUAAUGAGAGCACAAACACUUGGUGACACAUCAACCUUGGAAUUCAUGAGAGGAAGAAGAAUAAUGGAAGUCAACCCUGAUCAUCCAAUCAUCAAGGACUUAAACGCUGCAUGUAAAAAUGCACCAGAAAGUACUGAAGCAAAAAGGGCUGUGGAGUUGUUAUAUGAAACGGCUUUGAUCUCUAGUGGAUUCACUCCUGAUAGUCCGGCGGAAUUGGGGGGAAAGAUUUAUGAGAUGAUGGCGGUGGCUCUUGGCGGGAGGUGGGGACGAGUGGAGGAAAGUGAGGAGGCGGGUGAAACGUCGGAAUCAGCUCCGGAAUCGGAAUCGGAAUCAACCGAGACGGAAGUGGUGGAGCCCUCGGAAGUUAGGACAGAGGCUGAUCCAUGGAGUACUUGAUUCGGUUUUAUUUAAAUAGAAAACUUAAGUUGUUAGAAAGGCAGAGAGAGUGGUUGGUUUCCAUUUGGAAUUUGGAAGGAGGGAGGGAGUAUAAAUUUUGGACUCAAUUUGUGACAAAAAUGUUCUUAUUUAUCGAUUAUCUAAAGUGACCUUUUAGCA